AUGUCAUCCUCAAACAGCUCCAUCACUCACGUUCUAGUCGUCGGCGCUGGCGGUGUGGGAACUAUGGCAUGCGUGGCUCUCGAAAGAUCGGGACGGGCGAAAGUAACAGCAGUCCUACGGUCCAACUACCGCCAUGUCCUGGAGCAUGGCUUCAAAAUUGAUUCAAUCGACCAUGGGACAUUAACCUCAUAUCGGCCCAGCACAAUUGUAAAUGCGGUACCGAGAGCUAACCCAGCUCAGCCAUUUGACUACGUCGUUGUUACGAUGAAAAACGUCCCUGAAACAUGCAACAUUCCAGAAACAAUCCGGCCAGCGGUGACUCCAGGGCACACUACUAUUGUCCUAAUUCAAAACGGAAUCUACAUCGAGCCGGAGUUUAUCAGGGAGUUCCCCCACUGCGUGCUGCUCUCAGGUGCCAGCUAUAUCGGAGCACAUCAGCGAGAUGGUCAUAUCAUCCACGAUGACCACGAUCGCAUGGAUCUAGGAGCCUUCCGCAAUCCUUCCCUGGAUAUCUCACUUGAGAAGGCCAAGCUCCAGGAGUUCGCCGCUGUUUAUACUGCCAGCAAUGCUGUCGAUAUCAACACAGUUGACGAAAUUGUGUUCUAUCGAUGGCGAAAGCUGUUGUGGAAUGGCUCCUUCAACCCCCUAUGUGCCAUUACCCAACUAGACAGUGCAGCGAUCCGGCAAUUCGGGGGUGAUUACAGCUUGAUCCGGCCUGCCAUGGCGGAAAUAAUAGCAAUCGCUCGUGCCGACGGCUAUGUUUUUAAAGACGACGUUAUUGAUGAGAUAAUGGAAGCAACUCCGAUUCAGCUCUCAUUCCGGCCAAGCAUGCUUGUUGACGUGGAUAAGGGUAACCCGGUUGAGGUGGAAGUAAUAUUGGGCAACGCCUUGCGGAUCGCGAGGGAAAAGCGUCUCCAAACCCCAAUCCUGGAUAAUACCUAUCGCUUUCUAAAGCUGAUACAAGCUCGACUUCUGGCGGCGCGUGGAUAUAUUGCCGCACCGAAAGAACUGCCUACCCAUGAUUUCAUAUGA